AUGCUUGCACGUCCUUUUGAGGCGCCUUGGUUGUCGUCAUGCCUGCACGAGCCUUACCCCUUCCGUCCUCAUGCCGCCUCUCAUCUCAUCGCCGCCCACAUUGCCUCUGCUCCUGUCGCAGCCGCCUGCACUACAACUACUUGUACGGUGAAGUCCCUUCGUUUCUCGUCGGCCUCCCGAAACUCACUCGCCUGUAAGUCUGAUGAGAAGGCACAUACCGGAUGGCUGCGAGCUUCUUUUGAACAUUUUCCAUCUCCUCCGUUGCCAUCUCAUCGUGUUUGCCCACUCCUCAUCUUAUCCUUACCCGUCCAUGUCAUGUUCCCCCCCUCGGUGCUCUCUCCCGUGGCCAGCGGCGUUGUGAGCAACUACCUGAUAGGCAGCGUGCCGGCGCUGUGGAGCGGUCUUCUCACGUUGGACCUGCAACUCAACUUCCUCACGGACUUGCCAGCAGCCGCCUACUUAUGGUGUGGCGCCACCUCCAACUGCCUCGUCACGCCCUCCAAGUGCGCCACCCUCUCCACCGCUCAGCGCCCUGCGGCAGAUUGUGCCUUCUGCGGCACCACCAACGCCGUGCCUCCCUUCUGCUCAGCGGACGGAGGAGUGUGUAGCGUGGACGCAUUUGCACCCGUCGCUGCGGGCACUGCAAGCGGGCCAGUGACGCUCGCGCUCCCUUGGAUAUGUGCGGGCGGGUCGGUUGCGUUCAUCAAAGAACUCGCAGCGAUGCUGGCCCUCAAGUCGUCGCUGGGCGUGACUCACACCACGUGGGCAUCCAAUUCGCUGUGCACGAUCCAGGGGAAGAGCACGACGGUCACAACAUGGGCUGGCGUGUUCUGUGACAGCACUGGCAGUGUCGUGAACAUCAACAUGUACAGCAACCUCUUCUUCUACCGCCUCGAUUUCUUCACCACUCACCUUCGCUCCUUGCCAGCGCUGGCCGACAUUGGGGAUGCGUACAAGUCAGCUGUAAGCCUGUCUGUCGGGGAAAUGAUGCUUGCGCCAUACGGCAGUGUGCUGCAGGGAUGGCAGUGUGCUGCAGGGAUGGCAGUGUGCUGCAGGGAUGGCAGUGUGCUGCAGGGAUGGCAGUGUGCUGCAGGGAUGGCAGUGUGCUGCAGGGAUGGCAGUGUGCUGCAGGGAUGGCAGUGUGCUGCAGGGAUGGCAGUGUGCUGCAGGGAUGGCAGUGUGCUGCAGGGAUGGCAGUGUGCUGCAGGGAUGGCAGUGUGCUGCAGGGAUGGCAGUGUGGUGCAGGGAUGGCAGUGUGCUGCAGGGAUGGCAGUGUGCUGUAGGGAUGGCAGUGUGCUGCAGGGAUGGCAGUGUGCUGCAGGGAUGGCAGUGUGCGGCGCUGCUGGUAACUACCUCAUUGGGUCCGUGCCUGCGCUGGCCCCCGGAGUGGACAGAUUGGAUCUGCGAUUCAACUACCUCACAGACCUGCCAACAGCGGCCUACCAAUGGUGUGGCGCCAACCUCAACUGCCUCUUUGCGCCCUCCAAGUGCACCACCAGCGGCACGGUUCAGAGGCCUGCGGCAAAUUGUGCCUUCUGCGGCUCAACCAACGGCUUUGCUCCCUUCUGCUCGGCGGACGGAGGAGUGUGUAGCGUGGACGCAUUUGCACCCGUCGCUGCGGGCACUGCAGGCGGGCCAGUGACGCUCGCGCUCCCUUGGAUAUGUGCGGGCUGUUAG